AUGUCUGAUACGGAGGACGACGGGUUGGACCUCUUUCAGGAGCCCAAGGAUUAUUACCAGCCAGAAAAGGAGCCGACAAAGGUCGAACACAAAACUUUGGCAGGCAAGGUAUUGCAGUUGAACUUGGUAGGACAUAAUCCAUUAUGGGGCCACUUUUUGUGGAACGCAGGUCGAACUAUUGCAGAUUAUCUCGAGAUUCACAAGGAGGAUCUAGAAGGGAGAUCUGUCCUUGAACUCGGCGCAGGAGCAGGACUACCAAGUCUAAUCUGCGCCCUCAACGGAGCAUCCUCUGUCCUGGUGACGGACUACCCUGAUGCGGAUCUGAUUGAGAAUCUUGAGAAGAAUUGUGCCAUUCUACCCGAGCCACGAACAUGUCAAGCGGCGGGCUACUUAUGGGGAGCAUCGACGGAGGAUUUGAAAGCACGUCUGCCAGAAAGUGAACGAGAAGCAGGAUUUGAUGUGUUGAUAUUGGCAGACCUGCUGUUCAAUCAUUCCGAGCACGCAAAACUUGUGUCGAGCGUACAGCAGACUCUCAAGAAGGAUGGUGAUGCACAGGCUUUGGUCUUCUUCACCCCGUACCGACCAUGGCUGUUGGAAAAGGACCUUGCGUUCUUCGAUCUGGCGCGUGAUGGUGGUUUCUCAGUGGAGAAGAUUUUGGAGGUAGAAAUGGACAAGGUGAUGUUUGAAGAAGAUCCAGGAGAUGAGUUACUUCGGAGGACGGUAUUUGCCUAUCGGCUGAGGUGGUCGGAAGCAGCGCUGAAGACUGGCUGA